AUGUCGCCAUCGACCGUCAACAAGAUCGCCUCGAGCCCCGUAUUCGAUAUCCGCUCGGACGAGACAAAGGGGUUCGCCAAGGCGCCCAUCGAAGACGAGCUGGCAGGCCUGCAGGCGGUGUACAAUGAAAAGACGCUGCCCAACGUGCUCCUCUACGACGCCAAGGGCCUGCAGCUCUUUGAGAAAAUCACGUACACCAACGACUACUACCUCACGGGGCUCGAGAUGGACCUGCUCGGCGAGCAUGCAGACGAGAUGGCCGAAUGGAUCAAAGAUGGUGCGGCCCUCGUCGAACUGGGCGCUGGAGCGCUGCGCAAGACGGCGAUACUGCUGGACGCCAUCGAGAGGCAGGGCAAGCGGAUCACGUUCUACGCCCUCGACCUCGACCACUCGGAGCUCACGAGGACGCUGGCCGAGCUCGAGGGGCGAUACCGCCACAUUACGCUGUGCGGCCUGUGGGGCACCUACGACGACGGACGCGCCUGGCUCGCCUCGACCAACGAGGAGCAGCGCGUGCUCCUCUGGCUCGGCUCGUCGAUUGGCAAUCUGUCCAGACAGGAGGCCAAGGACUUUCUGCACUCGUUCGGACGCGCCCUCCGACCGGGGAUCGACAAGUUCAUCGUGGCCAUGGACUCAAAGUACAACGCCGUCUCCUCGAUGACGCGCGCCUACAACGACAGCGAGGGCGUCACGGCGUCGUUUGCGCUCAACCUGCUCGACGCCUUCAACGCCAAGGUCGGGUUCAAGGCGCUGCCGCCGUCGUCGUUUUGCUACUCGCCCUUCUUCAACCAGGCCCAGGGGCGCAACGAGGCCUACCUCCGCGCGCGGCACGGCGUGCGGUUCGAGGUCAACGGCAUCGCCGUCGAGGUGCGCGACGAGGAGCUCAUCCGCUUCGCCUACUCGCACAAGUACGACAAUGCCGAGCGCGACCUCCUCUGGCGCGCGGCUGAGGCGAAUGUCGAGCAGGAGUGGCUGCAUUCCCCGCAGUCGGGUAGGGCCAGGUACUCGAUCUCGCUCCUCUCGUUUAGGGAUUGA